AAGGUAACGUCUGUGCGUUCUGAUUGGUCAGUCAUGUAAACAAACCCAGGAAGUGAUUAUUUUUUCAAAAUUGAUAUUUUUUCACUGCAUUUACAGUAUUUUAUUAUACAUUUUGACAAAAUUUGCUACAUUUUAUGUGUAUUGAAAAAAAGUUUUAUCAAACGAAUUUCUCCCGCCAUGUCAAUGAUGUAAACAGGGGGUCAUCUCAUUCACACGAAAAUUACUUAAAUAAAGUAUCACUAUUCAUAUGUUUUUCGUCCGAUAUUUUGGUAGAACUAAGAUAGUUCUUGAAAAACUUGUAAUUAGAUAUACAUGUUUCGAUGUAUGGAAGGCCGUACACGCCAUAAUGUUACAAUGUAAGUCUAUGGGAAAACAAUUGGUGGUCUCUGACCGGAAGGCUUCGAAAUCAAGAUCAAGAUCAAGAAAACGAAAGGAAGGUAAAAUUGGGAAUUACACAAAGUCUGCGGAAGCUGGAAUGAUACAGUUGAAAGUUGUUGACAUGUGUUAAAUAAUCUGAGGGACUGAUUUGCACAUCUAUAAUGGAUUCCACUACAGCACUGGUGCUACUUACACUUAGACUAUACAGUGGUUUUUGCAUGGCUACAGAUGACAUGCAAGGAUAUUUUAAGCCAACAGAUUGUGUGAAGAAGGAGGGAGAUGAUGUACAGUUUGAGUGUAGGUCUCCUGCUGGCUAUACAAGUAUGAACUAUCCCAACAUUGCAUUUUCUGUUGAACAUAACGGAGUUCUGAAAUUUACUAGGAGUGGUCCUGAUAAACAAAAAGGGAACUUCACAAGUAGAGUGUUCAGCAUACCAGAUGUGACUAAGCAGGAUGCAGGGAACUAUACCUGUCAUAUAAUUCUAACAGGAAAUGGUAGAGAUGUUACUGUCAGCACGCAGCUGUUUGUUGUAGAAGCUGAGGAGAAAACCACCUUUGUCAGGAAGGGAGAGGAUUUCAGACUGGAUUGUCUAAGUGCUGGGGAUCAUGGAUUUCUUCCUGUUGUUGACUGGUUUGUCAAUGGAAGUCAAGUGGGUAUGGACCCAGAAAGUGCAAUGUAUACAUCAGAGUCAUCAUUGUAUGUUGCACAUGCAGCUAUAGCUAAUGCAUUCCAAGAUAUCAGGUGUAAAGUGGUAUCUGAAAAGGCGUAUAAAAAUCAUGGAAGUGUUGAGGCUGCAUUUGAUAAUGGAUCUGGCACUGAGUUUCACAAAUCACUUUCAGUGGUGGAUGUAUCAACCUGCAAAGUGGUGCCAUGCCAGCUACCUAUAGAAGCGAGAGUGUAUGGAGGUACAUCAGUAAAUAUAUCAUGGAAGCUGGAUGGCAAACUGCUCAAUUCAUCAACAACUAUGAAUGACAGUGUAUCAAUCUCUACAACAGAUGUACUAAACAGUACAAUUUCUGUAUUGUUGAUUGUAACUGGGGGACAAAAUGUGUGGUCACAGAAUGUAUCAUUAGAUUCCAGUGAGCAUGCCGAACACAUAGAUACAGAGACUGAGGGUCUUGCUUGGUGGAUAAUUGCAGUACUGGUAAUAAUUUUUGUGGCCGCUGUGAUUAUAGUGAUUGUAGUGAUAGUUUGCUGCCGUAAUAGACAAAGGAAUACAGGUACAGCUCGGACAAGAGAGGAAGGUGUGCCUUUAAAUGACCUGCGAAAAGGUGAUGAAGGGGAGAAGCCUGCAGCAGCUGCAUUGGUAGAAGUCUAAUGAUUGUUAGAAAUAGGUUUGCUAUGCAGUACUCGUACACGUGCCAUGAGAUUGUACUAAUGUACCCCUUUAAAAAAGGGAGGUGUGUAUAACUGUCCUUUCCUGUCUUUAUCUGUUCUGUCAAAUCUGGAAUUUCAUUCUAGACAAAAUUGAUCCAGAAAAAUAUAGAUGCUAAUUCAUGAUAAGAGAGGUACCUUGAAGGAUUCAUUAUGCUAAAGGUUGUAGAUGUUCAUCAAAUGUGGUAUGUACCGUCCUUGUAUGGAACAUUUCUUAGAUGUUUCUAUACCAUUUGCCUCAGUACUGCACAUGGACCACCAUCCAUAUAUGGAAUAUUGAAAGCCUUUUGAACAAUUUUUAUGCCCCCGAAGGGAGGCAUAUAGUUUUUGAACCGUCUGUCGGUCUGUCAGUCUGUCCGCAAUUUUCGUGUCCGGUCCAUAUCUUUGUCAUCGAUGGAUGGAUUUUCAAAUAACUUGGCAUGAAUGUGUACCACAGUAAGACGACGUGUCGUGCGCAAGACCCAGGUCCGUAGCUCAAAGGUCAAGGUCACACUUAGACAUUAAAGAAUAGUGCAUUGAUGGGCGUGUCCAGUCCAUAUCUUUGUCAUCAAUGGAUGGAUUUUCAAAUAACUUGGCAUGAAUGUGUACCACAGUAAGACGACGUGUUGCGCGCAAGACCCAGGUCCGUAGCUCAAAGGUCAAGGUCACACUUAGACAUUAAAGGAUAGUGCAUUGAUGGAUGUGUCUGGUCCAUAUCUUUGUCAUCGAUGGAUGGAUAUUCAAAUAACUUGGCAUGAAUGUGAACCACAAUAAGACAACGUGUCGCGCGCAAGACCCAGGUCCGUAGCUCAAAGGUCAAGGUCACACUUAGACUUUAAAGGAUAGUGCAUUGAUGGGCGUGUCCGAUCCAUAUCUUUGUCAUCCAUGGAUGGAUUUUCAAAUAACUUGGCAUGAAUGUGUACCACAGUAAGACGACGUGUUGCGCGCCAGACCCAGGUCCGUAACUCAAAGGUCAAGGUCACACUUAGACGUUAAAGGUCAUUUUUCAUGAUAGUACAUUGAUGGGCGUGUCUGGUCCAUAUCUUUGUCAUUCAUGCAUGGAUUUUAAAAUAACUACGCAUGAAUGUGUGACACAGUAAGACGACGUGUCGCGCGCAUGACCCAGCUCCGUAGGUCAAAGGUCCUAAACUCUAACAUCGGCCAUAACUAUUCAUUCAAAGUGCCGUCGGGGGCAUGUGUCAUCCUAUGGAGACAGCUCUUGUUUUAUCAUGAAGUGCUUUUGAUGAUAUCUACACCUCAAAUAAACUGUAGUUUUCUUGUUUGGACCUUGCUCAAAUUAGAUCAAAGGUUUUUCUCCACUACAGAAAGGUGUUGUCAGUGCAAAAGACAGAAAUUGUCAGUGCAAAAGACAGAAAUUGUCAGUGCAAAGGACAGAAAUUGUCAGUGCAAAGGACAGAAAAUGCCUUUGAAUAGUUUGUUCUCAUCAAACAUGAUAUUGUCUUAGCUUUUUCUGUAGCUUCAUUUGUUGUUCAUUCUGAUGGUUCAUUUAUAGUAAGUGGUUGCCAGGUCUCCAUUAGCAGAGCUCUUCUCUUGAAUCCUUUACUGAAUCGUUUUUAGUUGAGGGAUUUUGGACGAACUUUGCCUUGGUAUUUAUUUAAAGAUACACUGUAAAGCUGCUUAUUGACCUUGAGAACUUUGGGAAGGAAAAAGGGAAAUAUAUGUAUAGCAGUGUGUGUUUCUUCAUUGUUCACUGUACUAGUUACUCUGCUAUCUGUGACAUCAGUGUGUGUAAGCAUAAAUUUUUAUAUAUAUAAAUAAGAUACAUUUUGAUUGUAUUGGUGACUUUGUGUUUAGUUUAUGAUUUAGUAGACUCAGGAUAUUUGUGCAGACCUUAGAUAUUAACAUUCAGAUAAAAUGAAUUUACAUUUCAUAAAUUACUGGACUACGUUUUAUGUUUGUAUGGGUUUGCCGGAGAACUGGUGUAUACAAAUCGUUGCACUAAUGUACUACUGGUUAAGACGUAAUGACGUUGCCACAAUUACACUAACCCAUUAUUAUAAGACAACAAGGCAACAAAUGAUAGAAUUAGUGAAAGGGAUGUUCAGAUAUUUUGUAGGAGAGUGAAUCACAAUUCAGAUAUAUUUUGUUAUAAUAAUUAUUUUCUGUAUUAGAUCAAGAACUUCAAAUGAUUAUAAGCCAAUCAAACUCCUUUCUAUUGUUUACUAAAUGUAUCUGUUACUGUUAUUAUAGAAUUGUGCAAAAAAUCAAACUGUUGAUGAACAAAUUUAGUUAUUUCUGAACAUAUUUAGUUUAAUUUUUAUUUUUUUACAUUUUAUAUGCAAGUAUAAACUGUCCUCAUUGUUGUUAAUUAAGUGAUGUGUGUUGUGUCUGUACUUACAUGGUUAUAUUCUGUUACCUGUGUUUUAUUUAAUUACAUUUUAUCUGGCUGUGAGUUUUAAACAAUUUAACACCUAAUAUUAUUACAGUACUCCUUACAUUCAACACAUGUUUACUGGGCUAAUUUGUCAAAAUUCAAAAUAAAACAAUGAAAAUUAAUUUCUGAUGUCAUCUUAACAUAGAACACAUAUUGAAUGGCUUGCCAGUCAAUAUUCAGAACUAUUUGAACCUUGGACAAUAAUUUUGACUAUUGACAUGGUAUGAAACUAUAGUAUGUGUUACUUAAAACUUUUGUUACAGCAAAACCCCGAAGAUUGUCUAUGCAAGUUAUCUCAAUGAGAGGUGAUGUAUUUUAUAUAGCCCUGUUAAUAAAAAACUUGUGUAAAACUUGUGAAAUAUGUGUCUUUUAUUCACAGUAGCAUUUUAAUUUUACAUCCCCUUUUCAACCUGAAUUAAGUAUAGAAAAAGAAAAGUUCAUCAUGUUUUAAAGGUACAAAGAUUUCAUCCUGUGAUAUAUUCACUUUUUGCAGACUAUGUUCAUUUUCUGUGUUUGAAAGUAACUAUUAGCGUGGUGUGUUAUGUGAAUGAAUUGGCAUUUAAAUGUUUCCAUUUUAUAUUGUUGCAUUUGUUCUGACAGCUGAUCUAUAUGAUCUGACAGAAUAUACAAAGACUGUUCAGUCAAUACUGGGAAAAGUGCUCUUAUAUCAUCAAAAAAAUGAUGAAACUGUUAUACAAUGUAGAUAAAGGAAUUUUUAGUUGAUUAUGUCAAAUCUUUUUAUUAUUUUUUUAGACACAUUACAGUCUAACCUGCCUUAAGCAGCCAGCCAAGGGAAGCAGACAAUUUGGCCGCUAAAGCCAGGUGACCGCUGAUCGGAGGUGCAGCCAAUAUGUGUAUUUUUCAGACUUCUGGCCAGUUUAGCCUUUAGGCCCAUUUUUGGGGGGUUUCCCAUUAUUAUUUUACCAGGAUACAAUGACGUGCAUUUGCCUUCGCAAUACAAAUGGUCUUCUUAGCAAUCUAAAACUUCGGCAUGAUUUUUUUACUACAAAAAUUGUUAUAGACAAUUUUCCAACUUCAAAACAAGUUUGUUUACAAUUUUCGCCAUUUUGGUAAGGGAAGCUACUCUCCGCGCUUAUUGUCUACGCUAAAAUCUACGAUUGCCAUUACGUUCGGUAAAAGAUGGAGUGGUUUAUAUUUUUUUUCAAACACAAUUAAUUUCAUAUAAAUUUAAUAGUAUUUUGAUGACAGAAGUAUAAAAAAUCACAAAUAUAAUGCUACUAGUUAGUUAUCGAGUAUUAUCUUUAACCGAGGUCAAACUGUGAACAACAAAAUUGACACGCUAAUUGCCGAUAAUUACUGGCCAUUUGAUCAUAACAAAAAGGGGAUUACACCUUUGGUUAUCAGUUUUAAUUGAGAAGCUCAUGUCAUUUUGUCGUUCUUGUGGUGAAGUCACGCGAAACUUAGCAAUCACGUGCUUCUCAAAAAUCGGGUAUCUUUGGCGAUUAUUGCCUAAAAAUAAUUGAUUUUGGAAGAAAAAUGGCCGCUGAAAGGGGUCCAAUACGGUGGUCGGGAGGCAAUUUCGGUGGCCGCUGGCCGCGGACGGCAGGUUGCUGCUGAAUAAAGUGAUAAAAUGGAGGAAAAUCCGUUGGGAGCGUCAUAAAAUGGCCGCUGAACGGAGGUGACCGCUGAUCGGAGGUGACCGUUAGUACAGGUUAGACUGUAAUUGUUUUGCUGCAAAAGGUUUAAGGGACAAUGCCGUGAAGAAAGCAACAUUAUAUCAGUUGUAUAGGAGGUUCAGAAAUAUAGUAUCCUGAUGAUUCACGAUUCAGUCAUAAGAAGACAGUAACAUUCAAUCAUGUUUUGAAAAUUAAAGAGCUCUUUGGUAUGGGUCAGAUAAUUAUGUCUCCCCAGGAGACAUAUUGUUUUUGCCCUGUCCGUCCGUCCGUCCGUACGUCUGUACGUCACACUUCAUUUCCGAGCAAUAACUGGAGAACCAUUUGACCUAGAACCUUCAAACUUCAUAGGGUUGUAGGGCUGCUGGAGUAGACGACCCCUAUUGUUUUUGGGGUCACUCCGUCAAAGGUCAAGGUCACAGGGGCCUGAACAUUGAAAACCAUUUCCGAUCAAUAACUAGAGAACCACUUGACCCAGAAUGUUGAAACUUCAUAGGAUGAUUGCUCAUGAAGAGUAGAUGACCCCUAUUGAUUUUGGGGUCACUCCGUCAAAGGUCAAGGUCACAGGGGCCUGAACAUUGAAAACCAUUUCGAUCAAUAACUAGAGAACCACUUGACCCAGAAUGUUGAAACUUCAUAGGAUGAUUGGUCAUGAAGAGUAGAUGACCCCUAUUGAUUUUGGGGUCACUCCGUCAAAGGUCAAGGUCACAGGGGCCUGAACAUUGAAAACCAUUUCCAAUCAAUAACUAGAGAACCACUUGACCCAGAAUGUUGAAAUUUGAUAGGAUGAUUGUUCAUAAAGAGUAGACAACCCCUAUUGUGUUUGGGGUCACUCCGUCAAAGGUCAAGGUCACAGGGGCCUGAACAUUGAAAACCAUUUUUGAUCAAUAACUAGAGAACCACUUGACCCAGAAUGUUGAAACUUCAUAGGAUGAUUAUACAUGCAAUUUAGAUGACCCCUAUCGAUUUUGGGGUCACUCUGUGAAAGGUCAAGGUCACAGGGGCCCGAACAUUGAAAACCAUUUCCGGUCAGUAACUUGAGAACCACUUGACCCAGAAUGAUGAAACUUCGUAGGAUGAUUGAUCAUGCAGAGUAGAUGAACCCUAAUGAUUUAAGGGUCACUCUGUUAAAGGUCAAGGCCACAGGGGCCUGAACAUUGAAAACCAUUUCCAAUCAAUAACUUGAGAACCUCUCGACCCAGAAUGUUGAAACUUCAUAGGAUGAUUGUUCAUGCAGAGUAAAUGGCCCUUAUUGUUUUUGGGGUCACUCCGUUAAAGGUCAAGGUCACAGGGGCCUGAACAUUGAUAACCAGUUCCGAUCACUAACUUGAGAACCACUUGACGAUCCAGAAUGUUGAAACUUCAUAGGAUGAUUGAGCAUGCAGAGUAGAUGACCCCUAACGAUUUUGGGGUCAGUCUAAUAAAGGUCAAGGUCACAGUGGCCUGUUCAUGUGAAAUCAUUUUUUGGAAAUAACUUGAGAACCACUUGACCUACAAUGUUGAAACUUAAUAGGAUGAUUGGACAUGCAGAGUAGAUGACCCCUAUUUAUUUUGAGGUCACUUGAUCAAAGGUCAAGGUCACAGGUGCCUGAACAGUGACUUGAGAACCACUAGGCCACUAGUGUUGAAAUUUAGCGGGAUGACUGGACAUGCCAAGUAGAUGAUCCCUAUUGCAGCCAACCAUCAGUGUCUCUUUGACUUUUGCUCCUGACCCCUAUUGACUUCGUGCCUAUAGGACUUUGCAUUGGGGGAGACAUGCGCUUUUUUACAAAAGCAUUUUCUAGUUACAGAACAUUUUGGAUGUUUUCGUAAGAAGUGUAAAAAUGCAAUAGAUGUUGAGAAACAUUGAACCUCUGUUAUGUCACAAGUUGUAUUGAUUAAUUUCAUUUCAUAUGACAGGGUCAUAAUGUAGGGCAUUGCCUUAGAAAUGAUAGAUAAGUAAAUGUACAUGUUCUGAUAUCUGUAAUUUUUUAAGUAUUUGCAUUCAGAAUGUUCUUUAAUAUUUAUGAUGUUUGUAAAAUUUGACCAGAAAUAUAUAUAUACAGGUAUUGGAGCACUUUUCCUUGUAAUCUUGGAACAUCCUCUGAUACUAUACUUGUACGUGUAACAUUUUUCACCAGUCAUGUAGUAUUUGAUUCACCUUGUCUGUAACAAGGUUUCCUUCUUGUUUAUUUUUUCGAUACUUGAUGAAACUACUUGUAUCAUUAAUCCUUCCAAAGGACUUGUCAGUUAGGAAGUAGGAGGAAUAUGGUCAGUUUUCACACUGUAUUGAAUGGUUUUGAAUUUAUCUUUCAAGGUCCAUAUUUUUCUAUUUUGUUGAUAUCAGCCAUUUACAACAGACAUAAGAGGAAAGUUUCCGCAACAAAAAUGUCCCGGUUAUGUAAGUAGUGAGUGAGUGAAAAUGUGAAUCCUCCUGACAAACAGCUUCUGUCUCAAGUUUUGUUUAGCAUUGUUUAUUCCUUUUAUAAUAACCUUUUACAUAGUUUGGAAAAUGUUUAUUCUUUGCAGAAAAUAAGAAAUGUACUACUGUGAAAUAUUUCAUACACUUGAGUGUUUUUACAUUAUUGACAGCUACAGUAUCAUAUCCUGAUCACACUGGGUUACACCACAAAAAAUCCAUAUUUACUUCCAUACAAUAUACUUAGAAGUUUUCAUAAUUGUGACAAGACUUGCUGAGAAAAAAUAUGUAAUUUUGUUUUUUUAAUUACAGUCUUAUUGAAUCGCAUCUUUGCAUCAUUUUCGUUUAAUGAAUGUUUCCACCGAAAAGUUUGUGUAAAAAUUCUCUAUGUCAUACCAUGUAAUCAUCUAAGUAACUAUUCUUGUAGUAAAAAUUUUGGGAAGAAAUCAGAUUUUAUGCUCAUGACAUUAAAUGAUCUCUCAGGUUAUCAUUUUCUUUGAAAUUCAUGUGGAAUAAAUUUAGACUACUUUCAUAAAAAUUGAAAUGACUAAUAAAUGUUGAUGAUGUGUGAAAAUUGCCACCUCAGCUUUGAGAGAAGUUGGAUAAUAAUCUUUGGUGGCAGUUCAAUGUUUUGAUAAACAGUCUUCCUUAGAAAUGAGAUUUGAGAUUAUUUGCUAACACGACUGAGGGACGUAGUACUUAAUCUAAAUAAAUAGUCUUUCUUGGGACUAGUUAUAUGUGGUUCUGGAGUAACUUGCGGUACUGUUUGACUCUAUAUAACCUGUACUGUGUAGGUUCACCAAAGUUGUAGUUAUGUAAUCCUUUUGUCAGGUAACCUGUAUGCUGUUUUAGUUGAUUUGUCUGGGUACCUGUAUGCUGUUUUAGUUGAUCUGUCUGGGUACCUGUAUACUGUUUUAGUUGAUCUGUAUUUUUGAAGGGGCCUAUUCCCUGCUAUUUAUUUUUGUUACAUUUAAAAGAACUUUUUUAUUUAUAGAAAUGUAAACCAUAUUUUUAUCAUGCUUUUAGUUAAAUUGUAGUGGUUAUGCUCUAUUUACAACUGCUUGUCAGUACAAGUUGUGCCAUAUUUCCACAUAUCUGCAAUAUACAUGUGUUUUAAAGUCUAAGUGUCACAGGUUAUGAUGUGAGAAGAGAUUCUUUAAAUUUUGAACUAUAAUAAUUGUUUUUAAAGUGAUAAAAUGAUAAUUAUCACAUGUUUGACAUCACAGGAGUGAAAUAAAGUAAUUACAUAAUUUUGUUAUUACAUUAGCGUAAUAAAGCUCCGAAGUUUACUUCGUUAUUUAUUUUGUUACAAAUUUGUUAUGAAGUAUACUCUUGCAAUGCAGUAAAAGUGCAUGUUCAGUUAUAUUAUUGAAAAAAAAAAAUUCAUCAUUUUGUAAGCUUAUUUAAAAUAUUUUAACCACACAGGUUUAAGCUUUAAUGCAGUUAUAAGUACUUUUUGUGCCUCACAGAUUUUUUCAUGGGGAUGGGGUGAGGGGCACCAGGGAGAUGGGGUGAGGGGCACUUAUAUUUGCUCUUGUUACCGUACGUCUGUCUGUCAGUCUAUCAUUCUGUCCAAAUCAUGUCAUGUUUAUCUCAAAAAGUAUUUAGCCUAGAGUCAUCUAACCUGACAGGAUUGUUAUUCAGCAUGUAAAGUUGUGCAUCUGGUGUUUUAUUUGGAAUUUCACGAAGCAACGCCAGAGCUACUUCCAUUGACCAAGUCAAAAAUAUGCAUACAUUGACAGGGAGUGGAGGCACCAGUGUCCUAUGGACAUGCAUCUUGUUGUCUCAGAUAUAUUUUGUCAUAUUGUUCACUUGUUAUGUCAUGAUUUCAUGUUUUAGAAUUUAUUGUCAAAGUCUAUAGAUAUGAUAAGCGUAUUUGUUAUAGUCAUUUUAAUUUGUUAUUUAAAUAAUGCAUUGUAAUGUUUAUGAUUAUUUCAAAGUGCUUCUUGUUUUCACUUAGUGAAAGAUACUUCAUACAAUCAAACAGUAAAGCUUUAAAAGCAUGUUUUACUCUAAUUUAGCAAUAUGUAGUGUUGUUGUUGUUGUUAUUUACUGUAUGCUGAAGGAAAAUUUUGCUCUUGAGUCAUUUUAUUAGCUCAUCUGAUUUUUUGAAAAAAAAUGAUGAGUUAUUGUCAUCACUUGAGCGGUUGUCAGCGUUGGCGUUGCCUGGUUAAGUUUUGUUUAGGUCAGCUUUUCUCCUAAACUAGCAAAGCUAUUGCUUUGAAACUUGGAAUACUUGUUCACCAUCAUAAGCUGACCCUGUAUAGCAAGAAACAUAAGUCCAUCUUGCUUUUUGCAAGAAUUAUGACCCCUUUUGUACUUAGAAAAUAUCAGAUUUCUUGGUUAAGUUUUAUGUUUAGGUCAACUUUUCUCCUAAACUAUCAAAGCUAUUGCUUUGAAACUUGGAAAACUUGUUCACCAUCAUAAGCAGACCCUAUGAUAACUCCAUCUUGCUUUUUGCAAGAAUUAUUGCCCUUUUUGGACUUAGAAAAUCAGUUUUCUUAGUUAAGUUUUAUGUUUAGGUCAGCUUUUAUCCUAAACUAUCAAAGCUAUUGCUUUAAAACUUGCAACACUUGUUCACCAUCAUAAGCUGACCCUGUAUAGCAAGAAACAUAACUCCAUCCUGCUUUUUGCAAGAUUUAUGGCCCCUUUUGGACUUAGAAAAUAUCAGAUUUCUUGGUUAAGUUUUAUGUUUAGGUCAACUUUUUCUCUUAAACUGUCAAAGCUAUUGCUUUGAAACUUGCAACACUUGUUCACCAUCAUAAGCUGACCCUGUACAGCAAGCAACAUAACUCCAUCCUGCUUUUUGCAGUAAUUAUUGCCCCUUUGGACUUAGAAAAUAUCAGAUUUCUUCGUUAAAUUUUAUGUUUAGGUCAACUUUUUCUCUUAAAUUAUCAAAGCUAUUGCUUUGAAACUUGCAACACUUGUUCACCAUCAUAAGCUGACCCUGUACAGCAAGCAACAUAACUCCAUCCUGCUUUUUGCAAUAAUUAUUGCCCCUUUUUGGCUUAGAAAAUCAUUUUCUUGGUUGAGUAUUAUGUUUAAGUCAACUUUUCUCAUAAACUAUCAAAGCUAUUGCUUUAAAACUUGCAACAGUUUUUCACCAUCAUAAGUGGACACUGUACAUCAAGAAACAUAACUCUAUCCUGCUUUUUGCAAGAAUGAUGACCCUUUUUAGACUUAGAAAAUCAUGGGUAGGACAAUAUUUCUAUUAUACAAAAAAAAAUCAGAUGAGCGUCAGCACCCGCAAGGCGGUGCUCUUGUUUUAUUAAAUAUUAUGAAGUUAUUAUAUUAUCAAUUUUAUUUUAUAUUCUAGGUUAAAAAUUCAAGGUGAAGUGAUUGACUUAGGGCUACUUUAGCCAUUUUGUCUUAUUGUAUGUUCAGCAUUUACCUAGGAAUUUUGGUCAUUAAAUAAAAUUAAUAUAAUCUAUUGGUUGUCAUAACUACAAAGCAUAGGUUCAUUACAGAAAGUUUUAAAAAAGCAUUGAUAGUGAUUGAUACUAAUUGUAAUUUUGUAUUAGCUUCUUAAGAACGUGACUGCUGCUAACUGGUGUGUGCUUUACCACUUGAAUGCUUUGUUUCAAAUUUUUUUCAGGGUACUUUUGUGUAAAAUCUAGUGAUCUCUGUAACUUUAAAAGAUGUAUAUAUAUUAAAUUGCAUCCUUCUACAUUCCUAGUCAGUGGCCUCUGUCUUUCUGUGGCCUAGCCUUAAAAGGCUGUAGUUUUCAUUUUCACUGUGUCUACCAAUUUCAACAGCAUUGAAAUAUACACAUUCUCAGUGUUCACUGUAACAGUUAUAAAGUUUCAUUGCCAGUCUCAGAAAACUGUUAUGACUCACUAAAGUUAUAGCUGAUAAACCAGAAGUCAUGGUGUAAUAUUAUUUUCAGGAAAACAUAAAAUUAAACUUUGAUCUGGUAUGAUAAAACAUAACUUGGCAGUUUGCAUUUGAAUUCAUAAAUUGGCAAAGUUGGUGUCUUUCUAGAGUUUGAAAGCAAUUCUAACGCAACCAGCUAAUAAACUACAUACAUGUAGAGCAAAAUCUAUCUCGGGUUAUUCUGCAAUAAACAGACCUUGAACUAUGUUGCGCCAGGGUGUUUUGGCUAAAUGCUGUGGCAUAGCACGCAGUUGUGAUUUACGUUUCAAGAAAAUACUCCUCUGAUUCACGUCUAACGUUAUUUGAAGUAAGUCGUGUUAGAAUUAAAAUAAUAAGUAUCUAAAUUAAGUUUAUAGUAGAAUAAUUCUCAUGCUUAUAAAUAUAUCACGAAGUGGGAGCCCAAGUUAAAAACUAGGGCUCUAGGUCAAUCAUAGAAAAACCUUGUCAACACUAAAGAGGCCACAUUUUCUGCUUGAUCUUCAUAAGACUUUGUCAAAAUGUUUGUCUCUGGGAAAACUAGGUUACCGUAGUUAUAAAACUGAAUAAUCUAGAUAAAAAACUAGAUUACUAGAAAUUUUGGUAUUUAGUUCGCCCUUGGGCUAGUUUUUCCUAUAUGACCAUAUGAAAAACUUUGAAAAAUCUUCUUCUCUGAAAUUGUUUGUCGGAUUUUGCAAUAUUUUCACAGCAAUGUUACUAUAGUGACCCUCUGUAAGUUUUCUCAAGUUAUUAUAAAUUUUAUGAAAACAUGACUUGCAAGCACUUAGUUUUCUAUAGAUGGCUAUGAUAUAGAUGACUAUAAUAUGAAAAUUUCAUUAAAAAAAAUACUCAGAAACUGCUUGCCUUAUUUUAAAAUAAUUUUACAGACAUGUUAUUCGAGUGACCUGAUGUACCAGCUGUGAAACAGCAAUUCAGGGCAAUCAUGGCCCUCUUGCUUUCCAAUUGGAUACUGGUAUAUGUUUGGAAUUAUUUACAUAAAAUUUGACAUUUGCCUCAUAUAAUAAAAGGAAUGAUUAAAUAAUAGAAAUUUAUGACAUUUAAAAUUUCUAAUUCUUAGUUUUCACCACUUUAUAGUACAGUUUUAUAAGGAUGAAUUUUGAAUUAUUUGUGUGAUUAGGCCUAAAAAAUUGUUUGCUUCUGGUAAUAUGCCCCCAAAAAAUAUGGUAGGUAGGUAAGAAAAUAUUUUUUUUUUGAUUUCUUUUUACAGUGAAGAAAGGGCAACACAAAGCAAAAAGUAUAAAAAUUGCAAAAAUAUUGAUUUUUUUCCCCCAAUGCCAUGAAAACAUUUAUGGUUGCGACAGAUUUUUAGGGUAGGUCGGGAUACUGGAAAUAAACAAUUUUUUGGGGGACCUUAUCUGUUUGCAGUUGGUAUGUUUUUAGAUAGAUAGACCAACCCGAUGCAUUAUCAAUUCAUUGUGAUACUGACAUGUGAUGUUUAAAUGUAUCUUGUCAUGGUAAAAUGGACCUUUUUUGUACCUUUUUGUAGUUUGGUAACAAGUAUUUUUAUGUUAUUUGGCAUCAGUGACUUCAAAUUUCUUGCAAUAAGUAAGUGAUUUCAAAUAGAGCACUUGAUAUUUUUUACUUUGCUCAGUUUAAAAUUUAGAAAGGUUCAGCCAAAUGGUACGUUUUAGGAUGACAAUUUACAUUUUAUAAAAUUUGUUGUGAUAGAUUUUUGGACCUUCAGGGUAACAGUCUUGUCUAUUGCAUUGUAAAUACUUCAGGUAAAAGUUAACUCAGUAUGACAAGAAGUUCAAGGAAAGGAUCACCAUCAAACUAAUAAACAGUCUCUCAGUUUAAUCAAUUUUCAUCAUAGUCCAUAAAUUUCUCAGUUUGUUCUUUAGCAAAUUGUUCUAUCAAUGUUUUGACAUUUCUUAUUGUUACAUUACUCAGUACACAACUCUCUGGCCCAUAGUUUGUGCUAUUUGACUAGUCUGCACUCAACACAUAUAUUUACUGGACUAAAAGGUCUAAACAAUUUAAAAGAAAAGUGUGAAAAUUAAUUUCUUAUGUCAUGUUACAAAACACUAAAGUCUUACUGAAUAACUUGCCAGUCAAUAUGCAAAACUAUUGAUCAGAACUGUGGGCAAUAGUUCUGACUAUUGACAAGCAAGUGUUUCAGAAGGUGUGUACUGUGUAAUGGUUUUAUUAGGUACCUAUACACUGAUCUCUGAAUGAAUAACUGAAACCAUUGUAAUCUGUGUGAGUAUCUGAAUAGGAUAAUUGACUUUCCUGAUCUAGCCAAUCUUACCUUGAUAGAUAGAUUGACAAAUUCACAUUUUAAUGAAUAACAAAAUUAGUUUGUAGGGAUAAGUUUAACUUCAAACAUAUUGUUUCAUUCAUUGAAAUUGUUCAUAAAGAUGAAUAGAGAAAAGAGUCAUUAGUUUUCAGCAUUCCAAACGCAAAUACAGAUUCUCAUACUCGGAUUCAGCAAGACUUAUAGGCAAGAGAGAUGAAAGGAAGCACCUUAUUUUAACUUGAAAAGAGGAGAUUGUUACCCUGUAGAUUGUCCAUGUUAAGUGUUGUGAGAGUUCUUUUGUAGGUACUUAGUAUUUAGAACCUUUUUGUGUACUUGUAUACAUUUUUUUCUAAGCUAUAUAAUUAAUUAUUAAAUAAAGAAUAAAAAAUUGAA